AUGGGAGACGCCUUUACAAAGAGCUUGAUCCAAAAGACCAGUCCGGAGCCCUACCAUCAACUCCUGGUACUGAGUCAGUCAUGUAUCGACAACAGUUUCAAGAACAUGUGGCUACUCGCGCCUCCUACUUCAAGCAUCCGCUCUUUCAGCCAAACAACGCGCGAUGGACAGUCUAUGAUCGGGCAACUCAACGCCCCCUCCAUACAGCUCCAUGUUACGACCUUAUUUCCGCAGCUGUACUUUUCCCUGAACUUCUCUUCGGGCACGAUGUCAUUGUACGAGAGCACUGAUCCCAAUGAUAAAACAAUGAAGGAUUUUGACAUGACCGGCUGGGUGUUUGUGUUCCCGGUGAGUCUAGGUAACGUUCCGGUCGCGGAUUCGGAUCCAAAAUAUCAAUCCUACAAGGAUAGGAUGGGUGAUCCAGCUGGCGAGUUCACACUCGCACAACUUCUUAUCGAUGUCUCUUCUGCGGCAGCUUGGGAUAAACAGUUGAGCAAGUUUGGCACUACGGUGUGGGCGAAUGAAACGCCAGCAAUACAAGCAGGCUUUGAGGACUUCGUCAAUAACUGGGUAAACCUGAUGAGUGCCGAGGGGAAGACUGUGAUGGGAAUUACGCUGCAGACGACCCAGCCAACUACCGUGAAUGAGAUUGCACCCACAUUCCCGCCAACCUCACUGGAUCUUGCCAAUUAUCCAUGGUUCGACCCCUCAGUCACGUCGCCGCAAGCCGCAGAUGGUCUCGAUCAGAACGCUCUAUGCUAUCUCAUGAUGACGGGUAACGCUGCACCCCCCAACCCUGCUUUGCUACCUACUACAGGGACCUGGGUGAACGACACGCCAGGUCAAGACGACAAAUCUGGGGAUUGUAAGGUUGCUCCUCGCCUUACCGUCGGGCUCAACAAUUCGCACCCAAACUCAGGUGACGCAUAUUUCAAUUUCAAGCCAUCGGGUUCUGAUCCGCCUGUAUGGACUUGGUCAGGCGACCAGCUAACAUGCAAUGGUGAGGACAAAGCCGGUGUCAAUGGAGCGCUGAGUGACCUGACGCUUCGUCUUCUCCGUUCACCAAACGGGAAUGAUGUCCGGACCUUUCAAGACGGAGUCGAGAUCCCACGUGGGGCCUUCCUCUCACUCGCGCCUGACCAACCCGUCAGCUUUACCAUCAACGUCAAUUGGACGCUGAAGCUUGCCCUUGCGGCCGUCAACGAUGGGGGACUACAGAUCUCCGUAAUCUCGCCAACCUCUGGACAGAGCCCAUGUACGAUCACGACCGAGAACUCCAAUUCCGGCAUGGACUGGGACAUCGAUUGGGGCACCUACACGACCAUGAUAUCUUCAUACAUUGAUUCAUGGUUCUCCAGCGAUCUCGGGAGUGUGGAAAACAAUCUGAUCGAUGCUCUGGCCCACCAGCAUCAGUUGUUCUUGCCAGCUAGCGGCACUUUCUUGAUGAUGAAUGCAUGCUUUAAUGACCGUGGAGAUCUGCUUGCUGGAAUGACUUAUAAUGGGUUCGUGUCGAGCGAAUCGAGUGACAGAGGACGUGCUGACGAGAGCCUGUGUAGUGCACCUGCGCCUGGCGAAGACGUUCGCUUCCCAGAGCAUAUACGAAAAUUGCCUCCACGCAAAGCUCUGAAUCAGUUACGGGUCCAUUGA